AUGGAGGGUUCUGCUACUUCAGUUUUGAUGGAUUGUCUGAAUCAUUCAAUAAGCACAACGCCAGGAAUGAGAGAAGAACAACUAUCUCUCAAUGAGGCAGAAGUUAUUUCUCUCGGGAGUAGUACCUCUCCGAGAAGCACGAUGAGCAGCUCCUCCUUAAUAGAAUUAGAUGAUGUUCAUUUACUUCAAAAUACUGGUGAAUCUAAUAUUGUUUUGGACAACUCCUGUGACCAUUGCCAGCUCGUUUUGAUCGAACAUUCUUAUCAAAACGAAGAAACAACAGAAGAAAAAGGCUUCAGCACAUUAAUUGAUCACUCGUCAGGAGAAAAUCACUCAAUUCCAUACAAAUUAAAUCAAUCAGAAAUUGAUACGAAACCUGCUCGCUCAUCAAAUCUGGUAAAAGGAACAACAACCACAACACGGACCAUAAAAUCCGUGCCUCAAACAACCUCCCAAAAUUCAUACGGUCGAGACGAAGAGCUUGAAUUUGAGCUUUUAGGAAGAAAUCAAAAAUCUCGGCCCACCUCUCCAUUACCUUUUUCAAAACCUUCGUCAAAAAGUAUUCCAAGCAGCUCUGAGGACGAACAUGAAUUACUUUACAAACCACCAGAUCAAUCACAUAUUACGCUCAAAGACAAGAAUGAAAUUUUGAAAUCUGUAGAACGCCUGAAAGUAAGACAACGCUAUUUAGAAGACAAGGUCAAAAAAGAAAACAAAGUAGCUGUUAAACCAAGAAUGAGAAUUACUUUUCAAACCAAGAAGGAAGAACCAAAGCCUAUCCACUCAAGAGUUUUCUCUGACUCCAUCCAACCUCUCACAUACAAGCAAGUUCAGUUUUCCAUAGAGGAGGAAAAACGAAGAAGAAGAAUUGAGGAAAAAAGAAAAGAGCUUGCAGAACGAAAGAUGCAGAAUGCUUCUAAGAUAAGAGAGGAACUAAGGGCCAGAGAAUCUGCAGUAAAAGCAAGAUUUUCUUAUGAAACGAAGGAUAUUCCCAAGCGACCGUCUACACCCUCAAUGACCAAACGCCCCUCUACACCAACCACAAACAAAAGGCCCUCCUCGAGUCACCAUGAACGGCCCAAGAGUUCCCUGGGAUCAACAGGACUUUUUCAUUCUUUUGUAAGCGAUAGCAGCUACAACUCAGAAAAGGAUUCCAAAGAGUUUAGCUUGCUCGUGAAAGAACAAGAAAAAUUGUUGAGCUCAAUACAAGAGUUGAAAGCAAAGCUGCAGGCAACAACCAAUGGCUCAAAAAAGAAGGUGUGA